UCUUGCUGUCUUUGUCUUCAAACAUCCCUUCUUCCCCUGUCCUCUUCACCCCCAAAUUCCAUUACUCCAUCCACUAUCCUUUUCUUCCACACCUACAACUCCCAUUUCUUCACCUCAAUCACACCAACCAAACCCUAACCCUAACCCUAACCCUAACAAUCAUGAUCAAACCAAUCAUCAUCACACCUCAAUCCAUAUCCAAAACCGAUCAUCACACCUCAAUCCAUUGACUUUCAUCGCCACAAUCAAGCCCUAAUUCACCCAAACACCCUCCGUUACCCGAUCAAUUUCCACAAUUCGAACAUUAGGGUUUCAGUUUGAUGGAGCCAGUAGGCGUUGGUGCUGCCACCACAAAUUCCGAUACUUCCGUUGCGAAUACGACGUCGAAUUCAUCUCAAACGACGUCGUUUCAGAUACUACGGUUUUUACAAGCUCCGGUAACUACUUUGUUUGAAUACUCUGGUUUUUUACGGCCUAGGUUAAGUAAUAGUAACGAGUAUUAUGAAUCUGAGAGGUUGAUUUCACGUAGAAGUAGUAGUAGUUUGAAUGAUUUAGGUGGUGCUGGUAGUGGUAGUGGUAGUGUUGGUAGGAAUAGUGAGAAUAAUGAUGGUGAGGUUUCGAUUCGGAUAAUUGGUGAUGGAGAGGAAGAAGAAGGGGGAGAUGAUGGGGAUAAUAGUGAUUUGGAUGGGAGGAGUGGUGGUGGUGGUGAUGGGAGUAGUGGUAAUAAUAAUAAUAAUAAUGCGAGUGAUUCGUCGAAUCAGAAUCAGAAUCAGAAUCAGCAGAGGUAUGAUUUGCAGCAGGUUUCGAGGUGGAUUGAGCAGAUUCUUCCGUUUUCUUUGUUGUUGAUUGUUGUGUUUAUUCGUCAACACCUGCAAGGUUUCUUUGUAACAAUAUAUGUAACCGCUUUCAUGUACAAGUCAAAUGACAUUCUUCGUAAACAAACAGCUUUAAAGGGGGAGAGAAAACUAUCCGUUCUUGUUGGCUACAGUAUAAUCUUUAUGCUUCAUGUGGUUGGAGUAUACUGGUGGUAUCAAAAUGAUGAUCUUAGCUACCCGCUGUUCAUGAUUCCGCCAAAAACAAUACCGCCAUUCUGGCAUGCUAUAUUCAUAAUAAUCGUAAACGAUACAAUGGUCCGGCAGGCAGCUAUGACUUUAAAAUUGGUACUGCUUAUGUACUAUAAGAAUGGCAGGGGCCAUAAUUUCCGUAGGCAGGGUCAAAUGUUGACACUGGUCGAGUACGCUCUGUUGUUAUACCGUGCAUUCUUGCCUGCUCCAGUUUGGUAUAGAUUCUUUUUGAACAAAGAAUACGGGAGCCUGUUUUCUUCUUUGAUAACAGGGUUAUAUUUGACUUUCAAGCUUACAUCAGUAGUGGAGAAGGUUGGAUCUUUCUAUGCUGCAUUGAAGGCUUUAUCACGAAAAGAAAUGCAUUAUGGAUCGUACGCAACAUCAGAACAGCAGGUAAGUGAAGCAGGUGAUAUGUGUGCAAUAUGUCAAGAAAAGAUGCAGGCCCCAGUAUUGCUAUGCUGUAACCACAUCUUCUGUGAAGACUGUGUUUCAGAAUGGUUUGAAAGAGAGAGAACAUGCCCUUUAUGCAGAGCCUUGGUUCGACCAGCUGACAUACGGUCAUUUGGUGACGGUUCCACAAGUCUUUUCUUUCGGCUGUUUUAAGUUCGUUUAUCGACACACAUGUUUCUCCGUUGCUGCUGAUGUCAUCACAAAGUUAAUACACCCGUCAUGGAGUCUGCUUGGUUUGUUCUCACCGUUAGCCGGAGUUAGAGUAAUUAUUUUCUCGCACUAUUUUUCUUUUCUUCCUGAGUUGUACAGCCGGGCUUUUAACGUCGCACUCAAAUAUAUAUAUUCUGCUCGUAUAAUACGCAAGAUGAUUGUUUAAUUUAUG